GAGUAGUUAAACCAGUAAUUAAACGGUCAACGGUUUUAUUGUUUUCAGUUUGUACAUGAUUUGCACUUUUGCAAUUAAAAAUUUUGAAAAUAAGUAAUAGUGUAUACAAAUCGAAAAAAAAAAAAAUGUCAGACGAGGAAUCGAAUCAGUUUGAAAGUUCCGACAAGAAAAAUAAACCAGUUAGUAAACUGUUUCAAGCAUCUGAAAUCCAAACCGACACAACUGCAUCUUUACCCGCCGAAAGUUCUUCAUGCAGCAAGGGAAGCAAUGUUCAAUCACCUGAAUUUUCACGACAUCAAAGAGAGCCAUCCGGCAAGAGAAACAAAUUAUCGCCCGAAGUGAUAAGAUAUCAACGUGAGCAGCGCAUGAGAAGGAUGAACCUUUCAUCAGCGGAUCUUAUAAGACAUGAAAGAGAGGAAUUUUUCAAACGCGUGAGAACAAGCCGCCGCAAUAGUUUUAGUCUCUCUCGCAGUCUCGGCGAUGAACCAAGCGUGGCCGGUUUAGAGACCGUUUUUGAAGAUGAUAACUCCGGCAAUGAAGUAGAAAGUUCCCCUGGACGUAUAGAGGACAUGAGCUGUGAUGACCUUGAACAACAAUUAGCUGGAAUGAACUUGACAGAGACACCACCUCACUUACAACUGGGUACCUCCAGCGAGACACAAAGAUUUAUUUCAUUCUGCAAGAUCUGUAUGAUUGAAACGACCGAAGGUGAUAUUUGUGUCACUUGCUUCAGAUCAUUCUCUUCACCAUCACAGUAAUGGUGACUUGGUUUCUACUGUAACCAUUUUUAAAUUUUUCUAAAAAAGUAAAAACCUAAAGUUUAAAAUUAAAAAAAAUGUAUGUUUAUUAUAUUUUGUUUGUAUAGUUUUAGAAAUGUAGUUUUAGUAACUGGUAAUGUGAUAUUUCUGUAACUUGCUUCAGAUCAUUCUCUUCGCCAUCACAGUAAUGGUGACUUGGUUUCUACUGUAACCAUUUUUAAAUUUUCUAAAAAAAAAAGUCUUAAAAAAGUUGUAAAAUGUAUGUUUAUUAUAUUUUGUUCCUAUAGUUUUAGAAAUGUAGUUUUAGAAACUGGCAAUGGUAGGUAGCUAAAGUUUUGAGAUUUCGUUUCUCCUUAAAACAUUUUCUAAAGUACUUAAGUUUAAAAGAGAUUUCUUAAAGUUGUGUCUAUCUGUUUUGGUUCAUUUAUAGUUUUAAAAGUUUAAAAACUUGCCAAAAGAAAUAUUAUUGAGACAUAAUUUGUUCUGUAACUAUUACUCAUAGCAGCUACGAUAGACCUUUGUGAUACAGAAAAGUACUGAUACUAUUGACAUAUAACGAAGUUACUACGAAUCUGAAAUAUUACUGCUUUACUUCUGUUCAGUUACUUCUGAAUAACCUAGAAUGUCAUCAAUGUGAUAAUACAGCAUUUUAAUGACAAAUCAAUUUUACAAUAUGUGUUGAAUAACACAAGAUAAUCUCUUCGAAAUAUAGGUAAUAAUCUUUAAAGUUUCAUUUAUUAUUAUUUUUUUUAAUAAAGUCAUAGUCAUCAACAGAAAAGAGGUAUUGUUUCAGGUUGCAUUUUUCUAUCUGUUUCAUGUUUAGUAGUUACUGGAACUUAAAGUGCUUGUAAUAUUUCAAUAUUCGGUUAGUGUAAAACUUUUACUGAAAACAAUUCAGAACAUUGUUAAAGUAUUAACUGCCAGUUUUAUUUUACCUACUGUACCUGUACUACAGUUAUCCAUUUUAUUUAUUUGAGUUAGCUAUUUUAUUAGUUUAGUUAAGUAAAUACCACACACAUUUGAUAAAAGUACAUGAACUGAACUUUUGAUACACUUGUUAACUAAUUGCAUUAGACACCACUAUUUUUUCAGUCUACAGAUAUUUCUUGGGUUCUCAUAUUUUUUCUGCAAAUAAGAGUCGCUAAAAGUGAAAUCACUUUGGUUUGUUAACUUUUAAAUGCAUUGCAAGCUUUCAUUUUAUUAAACAAAUUAUCCGAAAAUAGGAAACUCAUUCCUUGUUUACUCUGUCGUAUUUAUUUUCCAUUUUAUGUGAUACAUUGUAUGUCUAUGUUUAAAAUGUAAGGAGUGUUGAUACAUUGCUUUACAUGCUAAUAGGUACUGAUCUAACCAGGCGAUUCCGUCCUACAUUGUAUAUGCCUUUAAUAAUGUUUGCGGUUAUAUAAGCCUGGAAAGCAAUGUUUCAUUUUAAAACAUCGACACACUUUGAAAAUUGUAAAUUGUAAAGUUAACUUUUGUUUAAUUUUUCUAGUCAUUUCUACAUUGAUCAUAAACCAUUCUUUCUGACUCUGCAGUAUUUAUUUUACAUUGUAUGUGAUACAUUGUAUGUCUAUAUUUACAGUUUAAGGAGUAAUGAUACAUUGCUUUACAUGCUUAUAGGUACUGAUCUAACCAGGUAAUUCCGUCGUACGUUGUAUAUGCCCUUAAAAAUGUUUGCGGUUAUAUAAGCCUGGAAAGCAAUGUUUCGUUCUAAAAUAUGGACUCUUUGAAAAUUGUAAAUUUUAAAGGUAAAUUUUCUAGUCAUUUAUACAUUGAUCGUCAACGAUUUCUUUAAAUGUAUCUUGGGUUCUUAUAUUUUUUCUGCAAAUAUGAGCCGAUAAAAGUGGAAGCACUUUGGUUUGUUAAUUUUUAAAUGAAUUGCUAGCUUUCACUUUAUUAAACAAAUUAUCCGAAAAUAGGAAACUCAUUUCUUGUUUACUCUGUCGUAUUUAUUUUCCAUUGUAUGUGAUACAUUGUAUGUCUAUGUUUAAAGUGUAACAAGUGUUGAUACAUUGUUUUACAUGCUUAUAGGUACUGAUAUAACCAGGCAAUUCCGUCCUCGUUGUAUAUGCCUUUAAUAAUGUUUGUGGUUAUAUAAGCCUGGAAAGCAAUGUUUCGUUCUAAAACAUCGACACUCUUUGAAAAUUGUAAAUUGUAAAGUUAACUUUUUUUAAUUUUUCUAGUCAUUUCUACAUUGAUCAUCAACCAUUUCAAUUUAAAAACAAAUGGCUAGCUUCCACUUUAAUAAACAAAUUAUCCGCAAAAUAAGAAACUUAUUAAAUUUGUAAAUUACGAAAAUUGCUUUAAAAAAUGUAGUGUGGUCAGUGCUAUUUCAAUGGCUGUCAAAGAUUGUAGAUUUUGU